GUGCAGGCUCGGGGGAUGCUCGCAAGUUUUGAUUUUCCGCUCUAGAACGGGUAUCUAGAUCACCAUGGCAACUGGACAGAAGUUGAUGAGAGCUAUUAGAGUUUUUGAAUUUGGUGGACCAGAAGUACUGAAACUCCAGUCGGAUGUUGCUGUUCCAAUUCCAAAAGACCAUCAGUCCAUUGUCAUUGCAGGUUCUCAUCAAAGUCGAAGCAUGUGGUGUAAACCCAGUGGACACAUACAUUCGCUCUGGCACUCACAGUGUAAAACCACUUCUACCUUAUACUCCUGGCUUUGAUGUGGCUGGGAUAAUAGAAGCUGUUGGGGAGAGUGUAUCUGCUUUCAAGAAAGGUGACAGAGUUUUCACUACCAGGACGAUCUCUGGGGGCUAUGCUGAGUAUGCUCUGGCAGCCGAUCACACUGUUUACACACUGCCAGAAAAACUGGAUUUUAAACAAGGAGCUGCCAUCGGCAUCCCAUACUUUACUGCAUAUCGAGCUCUGCUUCACAGUGCCUGUGUGAAACCUGGAGAAAGUGUUCUGGUUCAUGGAGCUAGUGGAGGAGUUGGAAUAGCAGCAUGCCAAAUUGCAAGAGCUUACGGCUUAAAGGUUUUGGGCACAGCUAGUACUGAGGAAGGACAAAAGAUUGUUUUGGAAAAUGGAGCCCACAAAGUGUUUAAUCACAAAGAAGCUAACUAUAUUGAUAAAAUUAAGAAAUCUGUUGGUGAAAAAGGAGUUGAUGUGAUUAUUGAAAUGUUAGCUAAUGUAAAUCUUAGCAAUGAUUUGAAUCUUUUGUCACAUGGAGGACGAGUAAUAGUUGUUGGCAGCAGAGGCCCUAUUGAAAUAAACCCACGGGACACCAUGACAAAGGAAUCUAGCAUAAAAGGAGUUACUCUGUUUUCAUCCACCAAGGAGGAAUUUCAGCAGUUUGCAGCAGCCCUUCAAGCCGGAAUGGAAAUUGGUUGGUUGAAACCAGUAAUAGGUCCCCAGUAUUUACUGGAGAAGGCUGCCCAGGCUCAUGAAAAUAUCAUUCAUAGCAGUGGGGCUACUGGAAAAAUGAUUCUUCUCUUAAAAUGAUCAAUCCUUCCAUUGAUUUCCUGUGUAAUUAGAGGUUCCAUAUCUCAGUUUUAUGUGCAUUGUGUUUGCUCUACUUAGCAUUCAUUUGAUUCAGUGAAUUUUAGUGAUCAUAAGCAUUGGAGUACUGUUUAUUUGAUAGCUGGCAACUUUCUUUAUGCCUUCUACUUCUCAUCAAGGAAUCACUGUAGUAGGAAAUAGGAUGUUAGUGGUCACUUGGCAUUGGAGGACAUUACAGAAAUUCCUAACCGAUACUCAUCAUUAAUCCCAUACCUUUGACUAAAACAUACUAAUCCAAAAUAGAACUGCUUAAUUUCCACGCCUACUUCUCCUUAUAAAGGUUCUUUAAUCUCUGAUUAGCCCAGAACUGCAUUGGACUCUGAUGAUUCUCUGGAGUGAGACCCCUUUCCCAAACUAAUCCCAUCUAGAGCUACAAGUCUCUCAGAAAGGCAAGAUAAACAGUGUUCAGGGAAAUUUGUUAUUUUCCCAAUAUCCCCAAUAUUUUAUGAUAUUCACUAGGUUAAUGAGCCACAUAUUCUGUGAGAACAGCAGCUUUCUUUCUCCUAUAAUGAUACUGGGUGCAUAGUUUCCAAAUAGAUAUGUAUUGAUUGAUUCAACUUCAAAGUACAUUUAGAAUCAUCUCUUUGUGUGAUUGGGAUCAUAUAUUUUUAUUUAAACUAAUAAUCAAAUUAGAUGCAUUAAGAAUGAUCUGCUUUUGUUAUUAUAACAUGGUAAUUGCAAUA